UGAGAGAGAGAGAGAGAGAGGUAGAAACAAGAGGAGAGAGGAGCUGGCUGGGAAACAAUAGUUGAACAACAAAUCCAGUGUUGCAUGCAGCCUCUGUGGAUACCUCUGCUGUCUUUCUGCUGCCGGGCGCUCAAGACUGUGGUGGAUCCAGACUGUGGGGGAUGGCGUGGCCUGACGAAGCAACCCUCUUGCUACCUUCCUCCCUGCAGCUCGCCGACUCUGAACCUCCGCUGUACUAGCAGGAACCAACGAGCGAUCAAUAUUUUCCUCGUAUUCGAGACCCUGUAACGCAACAACGAAACGUGUUGGACAUCCGGCGAGGAUCGAGAGCCUCAGGGUGGCCCCACCAUGAAACCAUCCAUUUCUGCGGGCCCCAACUCCGGCCUCCUGCUGGUGCUGAUGUGCUGCCCCCUGCUGGGCCUGGUCCAGUCCGCCAGCAGCAACAAGGCCAGUGAUAACGGGCACCCCCACCUGGGAGACGCGGACCCGGAGCGCUGCAUGAGGCACCACUUUGUGGAGACCAUCACGCACCCGAUUUAUAAAUGCAACUCCAAGAUGGUAUUACUGGCUCGCUGCGAGGGCCACUGCAGCCACACGACCCGCUCCGACCCGCUCAUCUCCUUCAGCUCGGUGCUCAAACAGCCCUUCAAGAGCACCUGCUCCUGCUGCCGGCCACACACCUCCAAGCUGAAGGCGGUGAGGCUGCGCUGCGCCGGCGGGACUCGUAUCACGGCCACGUACAGAUACAUCCUGGCCUGCAACUGCGAGGAGUGCAGCUGAGCAGGCUGCAGCAACCUCCCAGGACCUCAAGACUCUCCAGAUCCGGCAUUUUUCUUAACCUUAAAGCUGUCCAGAGCGCUUUGGUUGAUUAUUGGAUCAGAAAAUUGCCCCAGAGAUGCUUGUUGUUAACUUGGGAGUGAUAGUUUGGGGCACUCACGUGGGCCUUAAAAAUUGAGCUGCAGCCCUUGGGACUGGGACAGAACAUACUAUACCUUCUCCAUUAUGUGCGUUUCAAUCAGUACAAACCAUGCAAAGCAUUUUUCUCCAGCUUACAAGGCCAGACACCACAAACUGCUGCUCCCAUGGGCCACUCAGAGACCCUCCUCGCUGCAGAGACACACUGCACUCAUUACAGGCCUCUGUAAUUCAUAACACACACGCUCGCAAACCGCAGUAUGAGAGCUCAUUACAAAUAUCCGUAACAGCCUUCUCCCAGCUCCAUAAAAAACCCCACCGUGCGUUCAACAACAAAACAACACGCCUCGUUAAAAAGCAGCAUGGGAAAGGACGAGGCUCGGCGAGAACUGGCCCGGACAUGUGGUGGAUCUAUAGAGGGGCACCUGUACAGAGCUCAUUCUCCCAAUAACAUUUUACACACUCCCCGCUGACUUUCAUCUCGCUGUGUAAAACAUGACCGACGCUGACAGGAGAGCUCAUCAAGUGGACAAUAAAGAGGAGCCUGCGAAAGGAGCCCUGAGGAUGAAAGAAGGGUUUGACCAGCCUCCGGUUGGCGGCUCAGACUGUCGAUAGACUGUCAGUGUUCAUUUAAAAUGUAAUCUAUUUGAAUAUUUGUCAAACAUUAUUGUAACUGCAGCUACUAUCAUGCCGAACUGAUAAAACUGUCAUGUAUCGUUACUAAAGACACGUCCAGUGUUUUGACUUGGAGGAAACAUUUGUCAAAACAGCUCCAUGGUUGCUCUGCAAACAUUUUCCUCAUGAUGAAUACAGAAACUCGCGUAUAAUUCAUGCUCUGUGUGUCUCGGGCUCAUUGGCCUCCACGACUUGUGGUCAGUUUAUCUGAAUUUAUGUCUCGUUGUUCAGAUUGUGGGUUUUUUUUCUAUCAUUAAAAUUCCAGUUUUCUCAAACCACGAAGAAUUCAGAGCUUAAAUUUAGAAUCUGAGCAAAUAAAUGAGGGUUUUAUGGAAGCAAAGAAAUAAUAGCUUUAAAUUUUAUGAGCUACUCAAUGCCCACUUUUGAAAUGCAACCCCUGCUGAUUACUUUGUGCUCUGUGGAGUUUUCCUGUGAACACCAUUGACUGUAUAUAAAAGAUGGAUAGAGCCACUGUGGUUUGUGGAUUAAUAUUUUCAAAACUUGAGUUUACAAUUUGCCCAUCUUUCUGUUUCGCAACUAAAUGUAAUGAACAAGGGGUGGCUCAAUCACCUAAAAGACACCCUGCAUUAUCAUCGUCUUUCCUCUAAAUGGGACCAUCAUUUACUACAUGCUGUACUGAAGGAGGCUUUGAACUGAAGAUUGAAACCAUAAACUCAUUAGGAAAAGGUUUACUGUGGUAACAAAUCAAGUCAGAAGUAAGUUCAUUUUCUCAUUGACUUCUAUACAAUCUGACUUCUUUUUUCCACAACUAGAGGAGUUGCUCCCUGCUGGCUGUUUGAAAGAAUACAUCCAUCUUUAUAUACAGGCUUUUAUUUACAGCCUCUGGGGGCGUGUUGCUGCUAUCUUGGCUCAUUAGCGCCACCUGUCAAUGAGUGGGGUAACUACCAGUGAAUGUGCAUCAUGUCAACUGUGUUCAUGCAUGUUUCUUCUCAUGUCUCUGCACCAAUCAGCAACCACGGCUGAAAAAUAAAGCCAAAGCGGAAGAGAAACUGCAGUUCCUCAAACGUCCACUUGAGGCUCCAUAAC